GCGCCGUUUGGCUCCGCUCGGCUCCGCUCCGCUCCGCUCCGCUCCGCUCCGCUGCCCGCCCGCCAUGGCCCGGCGCAGCGCACUCUCCAUCCGCAUCGUGGAGGGCAGGAACCUGCCCGCCAAGGACAUCACGGGCAGCAGUGACCCGUACUGCAUCGUGAAGAUCGAUGAUGAGGCCAUCAUCAGGACUGCCACAGUGUGGAAGACGCUGUCCCCGUUCUGGGGGGAGGAAUACGAGGUGCAGCUCCAGCCCGGUUUCCACAGCAUCUCCAUCUACGUCAUGGACGAGGAUGCGCUCAGCCGUGAUGACAUUAUUGGGAAGGUCUGCAUCACCCGGGACAUGCUGGCAGAGCACCCCAAGGGAUACAGCGGCUGGAUGAGCCUCAGCGAGGUGGACCCUGAUGAGGAGGUGCAGGGGGAGAUCCACCUGCGGGUGGAGGUCCUGGGCAGCCAGGGCAGCCGGCGGCUGCGCUGCUCCGUGCUGGAGGCCAGGGAUUUGGCCAGGAAGGACCGGAAUGGCGCCUCCGACCCCUUUGUCCGCCUGCGCUACAAUGGGAAGACACAAGAGAGCACCGUGGUCAAGAAAUCCUGUUACCCGCGCUGGAAUGAGACCUUCGAGUUUGAGCUGGCUGAGCCUGCCGGGGAGAAGCUCUGCGUGGAGGUGUGGGACUGGGACCUGGUCGGCAGGAACGACUUCCUGGGCAAGGUGGUGUUCAGCGUCCAGGGGCUGGAAGCGGCCGGGCAGGAGGAGGGGUGGUUCAGGCUGUGGCCGGACAAGUCCAAGCCGACAGAGGAUGAGCGCCGGGGCAGCCUGGGCUCGCUGCAGCUGCAGGUGAAGCUUCGGGACGAGACAGUGCUUCCCCCCGACUGCUACCAGCCCCUGGUGCAGCUCCUGUGCCAGGAGGUGAAGUCGGGGCGCCAGGAUGGCCAAGUGCACCUGGUCACCCUCCUGGACGAAGCCACCACGGCCGAGUGCCGGCAGGAGGUCGCCAUCAGCUUGGUCAAACUCUUCCUGGGCCAGGGGCUGGUCAAGGAGUUCCUGGACCUGCUCUUCGAGCUGGAGCUGGCCAAGCCCUGUGAGCCCAACACUCUGUUCCGGAGCAACUCUCUGGCCUCGAAGUCCAUGGAGUCAUUCCUCAAGGUGAUGGGGAUGCCAUACCUGCACUUUGUCCUGGGGCCCACCAUCGCCCGCGUGUUCGAGGAGAAGAAAUACGUGGAGCUGGACCCGGGCAAGGUGGAGAUCAGAGACGUCGGGUGCUCGGGGCUGCACCGGGUGCAGACGGAGGGCGAGGUGAUCGAGCAGGGCCGCCAGCACCUCCAGUCCUACCUGGGCGAGCUCCUGGAUGCCAUCGUCAGGUCGGCCCCGGCGUGUCCGCCCCUCAUCCGCGCCGCGUUCCGCCAGCUCUUCCAGCGCGUCGGGGAGCGCUUCCCGCAGCACCAGCACGCCAAAUUUGUGGCCGUCACCAGCUUCCUGUGCCUGCGCUUCUUCUCCCCGGCCGUGAUGACGCCCAAGCUGUUCCAGCUGCGGGACGCGCACGCUGAUGCUCGGACCAGCCGCACGCUGCUGCUGCUGGCCAAGGCCAUCCAGCUGGUGGGGAACAUGGAGCCGGCGGCCGGGCGCGCCAAGGAGACGUGGCUGUCCCCGCUGCUGCCCGCCCUGCAGCAGGGCACCGCCCGCAUGAGGGACUUCAUCACCCGCCUGGUGCGCACGGAGGAGGACAAGGGCGAGGAGGAGGGCGAGGGGCGGCCGCUGGGGCCCCCCCCGGCCGCGGUGAAGGAGGGGCUGCUGCUGGUGCACAAGACACGGGGCAAGGGGCCUCUGCUCGCUGCCGCCGCCGGCAAGAAACUCCAUUUCUGCCUCACCGGGGAGUCCCUGAGCUUCGGCAAGAGCCCCAGUGCAGAGCGUAUCGGUGCCAUCGCCCUGGGCGACAUCCUGGCGGCCGAGAAGGUGGAGGAGAAGAGCUUCGGCAGCUCCCACGUCAUGCAGGUGGUCUACAUGACCAGGGGCGGGCAGCAGGAGACAGCCUACCUGCAGUGCAAGUGUGUCAACGAGCUGAACCAGUGGCUGUCGGCCCUGCGCAAGGCGUGCGGUAACAACCCCCGCGUGCUCCGCUCCUACCACCCCGGCGUCUUCCGCGGGGACAAGUGGAGCUGCUGCCACCAGCGGGACAGGACAGGGUUGGGAUGCGACCGGACGCGGCACGGCGUCACCUUGCAGGACUGGAGUGACCCCCUGGACCCCACGGUGGAAGCUCAGCGCCUCUUCCACCACCUCCAGGGCCUCCGGGGGACACUCAGGGAAAAAUACUGGGAGCUGCUGGAGCCGGAGGACGGCCGGAAUGGCCCCCGGGGUGAAGACGCUCCCCUGCCCGAGGGGCUGAGCCGGCUCUUCGCGGUGCUGGGGGAGCUGGAGCGUUGUCAUCGCCGGGCGCAGCCCCCGGAGCCCCCGGCCCCGGCCCUGCUGCAGCUGCAGACGUGAGAGAGGCGGUGAAGGCCGCGGGGGCGG